AGUAUCAACAGGAAAAAAAAACUUGGUGAGAAAACAAAAAACAGGCAUCUACAAUCGGUUUGGGUGGGUUAAAAGGUAAAACUGCUGUACAGUACUGUACUGGACAGCCGGAUCUGACCAGAACUAGCAUCGCCAUGGUGACCCUGGACACGCGGACCCUGACGGUGCCCGUGGGCAUCGUGAGAAUGCUGGAGGUGGUCCUCACCUGUAUCUCCUUCAGCCUGGUGGCCUCCGUGGGUCACAUCGGCUCAUCCUACUGGGCCUGGUGCAUGUUCACCUGGGUCUUCUGUUGCUUCGUCACCCUCCUCAUCCUCAUCAUGGAGUUUACCACCCUCCAUGCCCGGGUGCCCAUCUCCUGGGAUGAUUUCACCACCGCCUUUGCCAUGCUAUCCACGCUCAUGGUGCUGGCUGCCUCCAUUAUCUACCCCACCUUCUUCACCUGUGCCUCAUGCGGGAAGCAGAUCGCCGCCACCGUCACUUCCUGUCUGGCCUUCAUCUUGUACGCCACGGAGGUGGGCCUGACCCGGGCCAAACCCGGCGAGAUCAGCGGGUUCCUCUCCACUGUCCCGGGCCUCCUCAAGGUCCUCGAGGCCUUCGUGGCCUGCAUCAUCUUCAUCUCUCUGGACCAUGGCCUCUACUCGCGGUUCCCAGGGCUCCAGUGGUGCGUGGCGGUCUAUUCGCUAUGUUUCAUCUUCGCCCUCAUCAUCAUCCUCUUUACUAUCUGCCGCCUGCUGUCGCUCUUCCCGUUCCCGUUCGACAAGGUGCUGACGGGCUACAACGUGCUGGCCGUACUGAUGUACAUGACGUGCGUGGUUAUAUGGCCUCUCUAUAGCUUCCAGAACAACCACAGCAGACCCAGCGGGUGUGGCCGCUCCUGCUACUGGGAUAACCUGGUCGUAGUGGCAUUCAUGACCUGUUUAAACCUUGUGGUUUACAUUGUGGACACGGUCUACUCUUUCAAGCUGGUGUUCUUCGUCACCCCGGCUUAGGUCAAAGGUCACCCACCUUACCCAACCUGAGAACUGGCCCUGAAACACAGUGCCGGAUCUUAAACAAUAGACUGAACUUUGCUUUUGUAUGAAUACAGCAAACUGUAACCAUGCUGUUUUUUUGGAACACUAAUUCGUAUUGGGAGAAUGUCUCUGUAUGGUGGAUAAGAAUGUUCUGAAUGCUUGGAUCUGUACGUAGAUUCAAUGUAUAUUUUGUCUUCCCGUCUAAAAUACACAAGGAACUAUGCAGUCCACAUGGGCUGUACUCAAAGUGAAUAGAAAGAUCAAAGAGCUGUUCUUGAUAUGUUCCUUUUAUUCUCUUAUUCUGUUCUCCAUUUCAUCUUUGUCUCUCUGGCCUUGAUUUAAUCAGUUCCGAUUUAUCCCCAGAUAACCCACAACUGCAUAGCAGAUCAUUGUUUUUACUGAUUUGACAGCUCCAACGAUGUUACACCUUUGUCAUGGCCCAAAUAAAAACAGAUCUGCUAUGCAGUUGUCGGUUAUCACGGGUUAACGUGGAACUGAUUGAAUCUAGGCCUCUCUCUCUCUCUCUCUCUCUCUCUCUCUCUCUCUCUCUCUCUCUCUCUCUCUCUCUCUCUCUGUGCGUCUACUGUACCUACUCUAAUCCUGACAAACAUGCAGUCCAGACAGAUAUGACAGAAUUCAGCUUAAACAUGAAUCUGAAUAAGUAAAACAUAACUUUUGACAUAUAGCUGAUAUGACUAAAUUGUUUUAAUAAUGUUAUAUAACAAUAAAAGAAAGAAAACAUUUGCUUAAAAGUC